GGAAAGAAGGAGGGAGGAAACCUACGCAGCUUCAGCAUCAGUGCAGGACCAGAAGAUGGAGACUCAAAACCUGUGAGUUCCUCCACCGCGGGGCUGACUAAUGCCUGGAACUAAAGCAGAAUUCAUAUUUUUCUGUCACCUUUUGUAAUUACCUGUAACUGGCUAAUCGCUGGAUGCAGAGGUGGGGUUUAUAUUUCUGUUCAUGUGCAGCGGCGCAGACUGAUCUCUGGAUAGGAGGGAGGCACCGUGGACGACACCUGACUAAUUCAUGGAGAGCAGGUUAGCCUCUUCUGGACUGUAGUUGCAGACUAUGUCCUGAACAGCAACCCUCCGUCUCCUCCACAUGUGGUGCUCCAGAGGCUGGGACCUGGCUAAUAUCUGGAAUCACUGAUCAGAACACCGGCUCCUCUGUGUUGCAGCCCACCCCCCCUCUCUCCUCCUGCUGGGACUAGGCUAAUCUCUGGGUCAGUGGCAUGUUCUGUUUCUGCCUGCAGAGCUCUCUGCUGAAGCUCCGGGCUCUGGAGGAGGAGGGGGGACCGUCACCGGGAUCCUCCCCUGACGAGAGCCCCCCUCCUCUGGGCAGCAAGGAGCAGAAGAGCCCCCUCAGCCCGGGGGAGACAGGGGGGGGGAAGACACUGGCUCUCUGCCACAGCAGCCCCCUGACCACUGACGAGAACAGCCCCCCAGAGCUGCUGGCGGUCCUCGGCAGACCCCCCCCCCUCCUCCACCAACAGCAGCCCCUCACCCCAUCCAGCCCAGUGGGGGAGGGAGGGGGAGGCGAGGGGGGGGCUCUCCUCCAGCUGCUAGCGGGGGGGCCCGGCCCGCUGCCCUCACCCCGCUGCCUCACCCACAGCCUGAGGUUCAACUCCGACCCAGAGACAGCUCCCUCGCCGCCCUGCAGCCAGCAGUACAUGUGUCGGGGUCUGGACUGGGUGGAUGUCUCAGAGGACCCGGGCUGCCCCCCCUCCGUCUCUUUUCUGACCCGGCAGAUUCAGGCCCUGAAGAAGAAAGUCCGUCGCUUCGAGGAUCAGUUCGAGCAGGAAAUGAACUAUAAGCCGUCACACAACGAUAAAUACUCGAACCCUGAGAUGAUCCGCGUGAUGGGGGAGCUGGCCAAGGCUCGCAAACAACUCAAAGAGAUGAGGCUUAGGCAGUCUGUGUUCGAGUCGAAGGACCCGGACCAUCAGAGCUGCAGGACGGGUGAGCAGGGAGCCCCGGAGACCCUGGAGGAGACGGUGGAGUCGCUGUUCAGACGCCUGAGGGAGAAGAGGCAGGCUCUGAACCUGCCAGACAACAUGAAGGACAUGACGCAGGCUCAGAUGGUUCUGGAGAAGAUCACCCUGCAGAAGUGUCUGCUGUACUUUGAGAGCGUUCACGGCCGGCCGGGGGUGAGACAGGAGCGGGUGCUGGUGAAGCCGCUGUACGACCGAUACCAGAUGAUCAAACGCCUGCUGUGUGUCAGCCCCACCAUCACCACCAUCGAGGAAGAGGACGGUUCUGAUGAUGACUCACUGAUGAGCUCCAUGACCCUCGACCCGCCGCCCGGCCCUCCCCCCUGCAUAACCACCUUCCCCCCCGGAGAGGAGGACGGCGACCCGGCCUUUGUGUCGCCGAUCGUUGAAGUGAAACCCGUCCAGCAGCAGCUGGACCUCACCGUCAGCAACCUGCACGAAGCCAGCAGGUCUCAGCUGCUGCAGAGUCUCCGUGAGACGAGAGCCGAGAAGAAGACCAGACGGAAAGUUCUGAGGGAGUUCGAAGAGGAGUUUUACCGACAGACCGGCAGGAUCUGUCAGAAGGAGGACCGCAGUCCGAUGAAGGAGGAAUACCAGGAGUACAAACAGCUGAAGGCCAAACUCCGCCUGCUAGAGGUCCUACUCAGCAAACAGGAAGUCCAGCUCAGCAGACAGGAAGUCCCUAAAAAACACAUGUGAAGCUCUCAGACACUCUGCCAAACAAGACCAAAACUCCAGAGAGGAGGAAAGGUCUUCUAUUUCCCCGAUCAGAGGACCGGAGGUGGGGUGAUGACACGCUUUUACUUUCCGACGUCUCUUCAUAUUUCAGCUACGUUAGCUGCUAACCCGAGCGGAACACGUCCACCCAUCGCAAUCUGAUACCUUUCACUUCAAUCAGAGCCGGUGUUAGAAAAAGUAAUACUCCGAACGAAAUUUAAAGAAGUCAAAUUUACGAGUAAAAAGUCACAAAUGGACAAGAAAAACCGAAUAUUCUCGGAGGGAAAUUGUAGAUUCUGUGGAAAGAAAAACAAUUUAUGAGAAGAAAAAAAAAAGUCCAACUUAUUCAAGGACAAAUCCCCGAUUCCAGAAACAUGGUGUUCGGGUUUGGUUUCUGGUGACCUAAAUCACGGCUUGAUCUGUUUGUUGUUGACUUCUCCAAAUCCUGCCAAAGCAUUUACAAACAUGCAUAAAACGUUAUCGUCAUGCAAACAUCGCUCUGUUUUAAAGGUAUGAUAACAUUCAAAUGAUUAUUGAAUAAAGGCCGCGAAUGAGGGAAGGAACUCUUCUCUGUUUACUUCUUUACGGUGGCCGACAGGAGACAGAUAUAAAAACACGAAUCUGCCAAAACACAUGCAUGUUUCCUCUGCUGAAUGUUCUCUAGAUGCUGCAUGUGUUGAAGAGCUGCUGCAGAUGUUUCUUCAUGAGUUCUGAUUUGAGUUUCUAUAUCUGUAUCCUCUCUGAAGCUGCAGCACCUUCCUCCUGAUGAUCUGCUUGUAGCGGGUUUGCACCUGCAGGCCUCCGACCUUCACCACGUCCUCUCUGAACUGUAGAAACUGUGAAUACUUCAGAAAAGUUUGAUAAAAAGAGAGAUCUGUCAGUGGAAACCAGCAGUGUGUAUUAAUCUACCUGCAGCUUCCUCUCCAUCCUGUUUGAUUUAUCGGACCAAAACUUUAUUUUGUACUCGUGUGUGUGUACGUGAGCUUGAAGCACUUUAAUGGAAGAAGAGGAGACGAACUGAAGUCUUUGGGACGGAGAUGCAAUGUAGAGAUAACUGUUUGUGUCAGAGAGAUGUAUCUGUGUUCACAUCAUAGCACACAUUUUUCCAGAUGUUUGCUAUGCAGCAUGGUGCUGCUGGUUUAUAUUUAAGGAGUGAAGAGGCAGCAGCAACGGACAUCAAGUUCCCAAAGUUUUGCAGUCGUCUACGAUGUGUCCGAUGGAUCAUGAGAGCGACGAUUUCCCCAACACGUCUGAGAGCGUGAAGACAGCGUUAGAGAAAGUCUCUCCGAGUUUCCUCCGUAUUUAGACGCAGCAAACGUCAAACAGAGCGAUGCUUCUACACUUUCUGUAUGAAAUCUGUGGAUUUUAAACCUGACGCUGCACUUUGACUAAAUCCUGGCCUCGGGGUGGAGAGAGGUUUUUAGUUUCUUCUGAGGUUAAACCUCCUGAAGGAGUUGGUGUCCCUUUCUUCAUGCUGUGAACAUGA